UCAAAUCCAUUUGCAAAGUCGCGUCAGUUGGCGGUUGAUCCUUUAGCGGGGAAGUGGGUACCAGCGGUUCGAUUCGAAACGAUCUUUUUCGAAAACAAUACCGCCGUUAACGCGUAACGAACAUUUUUAUUACUCGUAUUCAUCGAUAAGAACCAAGGCGCCAUGGACGAGAGGGAAGGCGGUGACAUAACAGCUUCAGACAUGAUCGUUCCGGAAGAGGACAGCGACAUCAAACGUUUCUUUAAACAGUCGACGGUAUUCAUUACGGGAGCUACUGGCUUCUUGGGUAAACUGUGCAUUGAGAAACUGCUGAGAACGUGUCCUGAAAUCAGCAAAAUCUACAUCCUCAUCAGGCCCAAAAAAGGCAAGGAGGUCAAGGCCAGGUUCGAUGAGAUUUUCAACGAGCCUACUUUCGAUCCGCUGAAGAGACACGAGCCCAACUUCAAGGCUAAAGUUCACGCCGUAGUGGGUGACGUGGCAUUGCCUGACCUGGGUCUGAGUGAGGAGGAUCAGGAAAAGCUCGUGUCGGAGGUGGACUGCGUAGUGCACUACGCCGCCACUGUCCGAUUCGACGAGAAGUUGAGGAUAGCUACGCACAUAAACGUCAGAGGCGUCAGGGAUCUCAUCAGACUGGCCAAGCGAAUGAAAAAUCUGAGAGCAAUUUUGCACGUUUCGACGGCAUUCUCGAACUGCAACCGAAAAAUCGUAGACGAAACGUUUUACGAACCUCCAAUAUCGGGGGACAAAUUGAUAACGCUCGUAGACUGUCUGGACGACGACCGUUUGGACGCCAUUACCAAAACACUCCUCGAAGACUUCCCCAACACGUACGCUUUCACCAAAUGCGUCGCCGAAGACGUCAUCAGGAAAGAAGCGAAAAAUUUACCCGUAGGCCUCUACCGUCCGUCCAUAGUGAUAGCAACAGUAAAAGAGCCAGUGGCGGGGUGGAUUGACAACAUAUAUGGGGCCACUGGGGUAUUGUUGGGCGUGGCAGUGGGAUUGCUCAGGAGCGUUCACGGGAAAAAGGAAAACAAGGCGGACAUGGUACCAGCGGACUACGUCAUCAACAGUUGUUUGGCCGCUCUCUGGGACGUUGCAACCAUUAGGACUUUGAACGACAACAAAGAGACCCGGGACAAGCAAAGUCGAGAAGAGAAGUUCGAAGAGGAGAUACCGGUCUACAAUUACGUGAGCACGGUGCAAAACGGUAUAACCUGGGACGAUUUCGACAGACUUUCCACAAAGCACGCUACUCAAAUCCCAUCGGAGAAGAUAGUUUGGCGGCACUGCUUCAAAAUGAGGUCGAACUACUACGAGCACAUGCUCGCCGUUUUCUUUCUGCACACUGUUCCCGCUUAUUUCGUCGAUUUCGUUUUGACUUGUUUAGGAAAAAAACCGAUGCUAGUAAAGGGCUACCAGAAAAUCAACAAGUUCGCCGAUGUUCUAAGCUAUUUCACCAUGAACGAAUGGCAAUUUAAGAACGACAAUGUCCAAUCGCUGUGGAGCAGGAUGAAAAAGCAAGACAAGGAACUUUUCGAAUUCAACCUGGAGAAUUUCAACUGGGACAUGUAUUUCUACACAUACACAAGGGGUGCGCGUUUGUAUCUGCUGAAGGACCCCUUGGACACCAUUCCUCAAGGUCGCGUAAAAUACUACAAGGUCAUGGCAGCGCACUACACUGUGCUGGCGAUAUUUUGGAUCCUCAUUUUCAAACUGGCCAUGUUCCUACUCAACGCGGCCUUGAAAAUGUGGUAGACCUGUAUAUUUGUAAAUUAUUUAUUCAAGUUUGUAAAUAGUGUGGUUUUUAUACGUUGCCAUUAUAUAAGUAGAC